AUGCUAGGCUACCGUGAGGUGCCGGGCCUCCCCACGUUUGCAUCCGAGCCGCGCAAAAAUGCUUCCGACUCGCUGCGUGUUUCGCGAGAAGCAACCAUCUUCUACCUCUCGGCUUUGUUGUUGGCAAUAACGACGUUGCAACAGCUCUGGCUCAGUGGCAAUUCAUGGCAAGGUGAAUACGAAUCACAGCAGCCGCUCAACCAAAACGAGACGAUGUGCACCAACAUCACGUUCGGACUGCCGUUCGACGCCGACAAGUACGAGGACGCUCUGCGCGGCCUCAAUCUUAGUAGCAGCCACCGCACUCGUGUGGCCAUCGCUUGUGCGGUGUAUCAGGACGUCGGCAUUUAUCUGCUGGAAGCCGUUCUGUCUGCAGUGGACAGCCAUGUGGGCACCAACAUCUUCAAGGCGUGCUUAAAGGAGUCGCUGAAGGGCAAGCUGGUGCUGCUAGUGGCGCACUCGCUGAGCUUCGUGAGCCAUUGCGACCAGGUCGCUGUGAUUGCUGACGAAACAAUCAUCGAGCAAAGAUCGUUCAAGAAGCUGAUGAUGGUGUCGAAUAGUGAGAAUGAAGAAGACAAGGAGGACAUGACGUCAGCAGGGUGUUUAGAGAAUAACUUGGCGCUUUCGAGUGAUGAGCGAUGA